UUCCAACUUCAUCACCCACGUCAACCAAAAUGCGUCGCACACGGUCAUCCAAAACCAUGGUCUCCGCCAAUGACACGCCCAAGCCAAACCAUCUCACACCCUCCUUCAAGGGAAAGCUCUCGAAGUUCCAACAUAUCACCGCCUCCACUGCCACCACCAUUUCCGAUUCCACGCCUGGAUCAGCCCAGCGUUCUUCGAAGCGUACUCGCACUGCCAUCACCUCAACUACUCACUCUGCCCCCCCCAGAAAGAAGCGAAAACCUAGUAAAUACGCCGAUCCCUCCAAAUACGCACACCUCUCUUCUCUAACCGACAUCCUCGAGCCAGACCUCAUCGGUGUCUUCGUUGGUACGAACCCAGGUAUACGAACCGCAGCCGCGGGGCACGCUUACGCUCACCCCUCGAACCAUUUCUGGAAACUGCUGCAUGCAUCUGGUCUCACUGACCGACGCUUGAAGCCAGAAGAGGAUGUGACGCUGCCUGCAUUGUAUUGCAUGGGCAACACCAAUAUCGUAGAUCGGCCGAGCAAAGAUGCCGCCGAGCUCAGCAAAGAAGAGACAGCGGCGGGGACGGCGAAUCUGGACGCCAAGUUUUUGAAGUACAAGCCUGAGGCUGUUUGUGUCGUGGGCAAGGGGAUUUGGGAGGCGAUAUGGAGGUAUAAAUAUGGGAAGAAUCCUAAGGUGAAGGAUUUUAAGUAUGGCUGGCAGGAUGAGGCGCAUAAUCUGGGGCAAAGUGAGGAGGAAGUUUUGGAUAGUAAAGGGGAUGUGUGGAAGGGGGCAAGAGUUUUUGUGACGACGUCGACGAGUGGGUUGGCGGCCAAUUUGAAGCCGGCUGAGAAGGAGGCGAUCUGGAGGCCGUUUGGAGAGUGGGUGCAGAAGAGGAGGACUGAGAGGGGGUUCGUUCCGAGACUGGUUAAUGGAGAAGUGUAAAGACUUUACUUCUGCUGGCGUUAGUUGGUCUAUGCCUUUUAAAUUUCAUUUCAUCCUCAGUUUCAUUCAUCCCUAGGGUACUUGUUAUUAUGAAAAUCU